GGCCAGGCUGGUCCAAGAAAAUGCUAUGGAUGUUCCACAAUGUGAUUCAAUUCUUGCAGUCCCCACUUUGGCGAUGAUUGGUUCAUUGCCAUCCUGCCAGUGGUACAAUGAUGGGCAAGUACUUCAGGUGCUGCUAGGGGAUGGCCCAACCGUACAGACGGGAAGCACCAUUUCGACUUUGCCAUCGGUGUUGGCAGCAGCAGACACCAGCGAUGCAGCAGGGGCUCUAACGGCCGUGGUUGUGUCAUCACUGGCUCCAGUGACGCCUGGAGCAGUGCUUCAAAUCUGGCCACCGCAGGCCUUGCCCUGUAGCUCUGUCAUUUUGAGUGGCACGCUUUCGACCGGUGCAGCCGGGCGCCACUUUUCUAGCGUUGCCUGGCGAUUUGGCACUGCAGACGUGGCCACCGGAGGGCUUGAGGCGUUUUUGAAUGCAGCCAGCACUUCAAACUCGCUGAAACUGGAAAUUCCCGGGACGGCACUCUCUACUGCUGUUGCAGCAAGCGCUGCAAAUCUGGUCCGGCUUGAAAUUGUUCUCCAAGUCACGAACUGGUUGGGUCUCUCGUCAGAAACAUCCGACAUCCUGACAGUGGAUCGGUCAGGGACGGUGGCCCCACUCGUAUAUCCCAGUUCAAUUACCAAUCGCACUAUCCAAAGCAGCCAAGCAGUAAGCUUCAGCGUUGCAACCAGGUAUGCGGACCAAACUGCAUGUGGAACAGC